GCAGCUCGCUCUCUCGUCUCUACAUACUCUACAACAAUCAGUAGCAAGGACACCAAUUCAGGUCCCUCUCCCCUAUCCCCAAAACCGUGAGCAUGUCGAGGACAGGCGCUCUCCAUCUGGCUUCGGGCCUGGGAGGGCUGAUCGGCAAGGAGCAAGUCAAGUCGUCGGUGGAACAGUACGAGAAGUACCAUGACCUUCACGGAGGCGAAGCCAAAUCGAGGGCAUCCAACUAUGCUGAUGUGGCCAACAAGUACUAUGACCUUGUCACCAGCUUCUACGAGUACGGAUGGGGCGAGUCGUUCCAUUUCGCAAACAGAUGGGAAGGAGAGACUUUGCGUGAGAGCAUCAAGCGGUAUGAGCAUUUCAUAGCCUUGCAACUUGGCCUCACUGAUGGGAUGAAAGUGUUGGACGUGGGAUGCGGCAUCGGAGGGCCUCUCAGAGAGAUCGCGAGAUUCAGCUCCGCGUCGGUGACGGGUUUGAACAACAACGAGUACCAGAUCACAAGGGGCCAGGAGCUCAUCGAUUUAGCCGGCCUGAGUAAACGAUGCAACUUUGUCAAGGGGGACUUCAUGCACAUGCCGUUCCCCGACGACACAUUCGACGCGGCGUACGCCAUCGAGGCCACAUGCCACGCACCUGACGCGGUCGGGUGCUACAUGGAGAUCCACCGUGUGCUGCGACCCGGGCAGCCCAUGGCGUUCUACGAGUGGUGCAUGACGGAGCGGUUCGACCCGGGGAACCCACGGCACGUGGCCGCCAAGGCCGAGAUCGAGCUCGGCAACGGCCUCGUCGACAUCCGCACCACCGCGCAGUGCCUCCAGGCCGUCAAGGACGCCGGCUUCGAGGUGAUCUCUGCCAAGGACGUCGCGGAGGACUCUGCGGUGCCGUGGUACCAGCCUCUGGACCCGGACGCCGGCGCGUCGUGGACGAGCGCCAACGGCUUCCGGCUCAGCCGCGUCGGGCGCCUCGUCACCCACGCCAUGGUGAAGGCCAUGGAGCGUCUCGGCGUCGCGCCGGAGGGGAGCGUCAGGGUCUCCGGCCUCAUGGAGACCGCCGGCGAGGGCCUCGUCAAGGGAGGCAGGGAAGGGAUCUUCACGCCCAUGUUCUUCGUGCUGGCUCGCAAGAAACCCAACCUGCUGACAGGGACUGAGAACGUCUGAAGAAUCAUGCCUAUUGCUUUGGUUGCUUUGCUUGCCAUUUCCUGAAACUACCUAUCCUUUUUUUUUUUGCGGGUUACUGAAACUACCUAUCUAAUCUGUCUAUCUAUCUAUUUGUGAUGUGCUGCUGGUGGCGCGCGGAAAAUGUUUGAUGCAAGUUUUAACAUCCAUAGCUACUUCAAUCGAUCCAAAUUAAUUAACGCAACUUUAGAACAAUUUUGUAUGGAUUGGAGGGAAUGCUUGUCUAUCUAUCUAUCUAUUUGUUAUGUGCCACUGGUGGUGCGCGGAAAAUGUUUGAUGCAGGUUUGUAAGGCAUCUCCAACGCCGACC